UCGGUGAGUGUGAUUGGGUGUUAAAUUGUGACGUCAGCCAGCUAAAAUAUCAACAAUCGUUACCCCCUUUCGAAUUAACCAUAGAAUUAACCUGUAUUACAAAACUACCUUGGUAUUACUGUACUGACGUAUUUAUGAUAGAAGUGAAUAGGAAUUACUUCGUUAAUUCAUACGAUUUCCUUUAAUACGGUUUACUCUGUGCGACGAGUGUAACGUGACGCUAUAUUUGAAAUGUUUGAUUCCUUUGGAUUGAACAAAAUGCAGCUAAUUCGUAUAUAGACGAACGCAUGUAGCAGCUUCUAGCUUGAAACGAAGCUCCGGUGGUGCUGUUAAAAAAGCCGGAUAUAUUUUCUUAAAUUCUUUUUUACUUUUAUUGAGAUUCCUUUAUGAUAUAUUAUUAGAGUAAUCAUCGUUAUAUCGCUGCUAAUCGUAUUGACGUCAUGGAACGAGAAGGCGGUAUCAGUGAUUCGGAAGAGGAACUGAAUAAAUCAGGCACACAACUUGUCGAAAAUCAGACAGGACCUCAGUCUCCUAUGGAACACGAUCGUUCUCCAUCUGCCAAUUCAAAGAGAUCAAUAAGUCCCAAUGAUUCAAUUAGAAGUAGAUCAAGAUCAAAUUCUGGCAGUCGAAGGAGUUCUCCUGCAAGGUCGAAUGCAGCUUCCCCAGCACAUACACAGAAUCAACCAGAUUCACCAUCUUCCCCUAGGUCCAAUCCAGAAUCAAGGAAAUCACGUUCUCGAUCUGUAUCGCGAUCUCCUUCUCGUGAUGGGUCUGCUCCACCUAUGGACCGAAAAUCAAGAUCCAGAUCACCAUCAGAGCCCAGAAAAAGCCGUUCUAGAUCACGGUCACCAUCACCUUCAUCACAGCAUUCUCAUAAAGCACGCUCCAGGUCCAGAUCUAAGAGUGGUUCACCAAACAAUUCCAGAAAAGGCUCACCCGUCACCUCAAGAAAUAAUUCACGUUCGCGAUCAAGAUCGAUUUCCUCAACGAGAGCUCGAUCGUUAUCAAAAUCAGAUUCACACAGAGGAAGAUCAAGAUCACAAUCUAAUUCCAGGCCCAAUUCACCGAAAGCUUCAGCAUCGCGAUCUAACUCAUCGCCAACUUCACCAAAAGUUCCAAGAUCACGUUCAGGAUCGGCAUCUCCUACACCAAGAAUUAAAUCUCGCUCACGAUCUGGUUCUAGGAAAUCAUCAAGAUCUAGAUCAAGAUCUAAUUCAGGAGAUAGAAAAGCAACAUUGGAAGUUGGACCUAGAUCACCGUCUGGUUCACGAAAAUCGUAUUCCCCAACAGGAUCACGAAACAAUUCACCAGGUUCAAGAAAAUCACGGUCACGAUCACGAUCAAGGUCAAAAUCGAAAUCAGGUUCCCCGUUUGGUUCCAGGCCCAAUUCACCAUCCGAUAGAAAAAGAAAUUUAAAAUCACGAUCUAGGUCUGGUUCUGGAUCAAGGAAAGGAUCACCAUCGGUACUAGAGAAAGCUCGUUCAAGAUCACCGUCACAAGAUAGAAAAGCUAUGUCACGCUCAAGAUCUAGAUCGAUGUCAGGUUCACGAAAAGGCUCACGAUCUAGAUCGCGAUCCGCGUCAAGAAGAUCAAGAUCCAGAUCGAGAUCAGGCUCCAGAAAAUCAGUGUCAAGAUCUAGAUCAAGGUCACGCUCAAAAUCUGUUUCACCAAAGCGAUCAAGAUCACGAUCACGAUCACGAUCACGUUCAGGCUCACGAAAAAGUUUUCGCUCCGGAUCGGGAGCUAGUUCUAGAAAAGCUGCUUCAAGAUCUCGUUCACGAUCAAGUUCCCGAAAAUCAAGAUCUAGAUCACGUUCUGGCUCAAGAAGAUCCCAAUCAAGAUCGCGUUCUCGAUCACGUUCACAUUCACGGUCCAGAUCGCGUUCCCGUUCAAGAUCAAAGUCUAGGUCGCGAUCACGAUCAGGAUCUAGAUCAAGAGCUGGUUCUAAAGCUAGAUCCCAUAGAUCAAGAAGCUAUAGUCGAGAAUCCGAUGCUCCUAUCGAGCAAAAAGGCAGUCGCAUAUUAUCAGAUUCCGAAGGUGAAAACAGCGAAGUACGAGCUUCCAAGAAGCUUAAGCGCGGCUUGUCAGAUUCAGAAGAGGAAGAUGAAAAUGGUGAGUCUCCGAAGAAGAGAAAGGGUUCUCAAGAACCCGAAGAACCCCAAGCUGAGGAGGGAGACACAGAGGAAGGCAGUAAACCAGCAGAGAAUGAAGCACCUACUGGAGUACAGGAUGAAGACGAUUCGGACGAUGGUAUUCCUGGUGGCAUGGAGAGCAACAGAUAUGUUCUUUUCCUUUUGUACAGGGACAAUUCUAUGUCUGAUUUUGAUCGUAUGCUUGCUCGUAAGAAGGAUGAACAAACUCGUCGUCGAAAGCGCAGAGACAUCGAUAUUAUUAAUGACAAUGAUGACAUAAUUGCACAGUUAUUAUCCGACAUGAAAGGUGCAUCGGAGGAAGACAGGAAGUUAAAUCAACAAAAUAAACCGGCUACAAACAAAAUAGCCAUGUUACCAAAAGUACUUUCGCAGUUAAAGAAGCAUGACUUACAGCUAGCAUUUUUGGAGCACAAUGUAUUAGCCAUACUUACUGAUUGGUUGGCACCGAUGCCUGAUCGAUCAUUACCUUCAAUGAAAAUCAGAGACAGUCUUCUAAAGUUACUUUGGGAGUUUCCAAGGAUCGAUCAGUCCUCCUUGAAACAAUCUGGGAUUGGUAAAGCUGUUAUGUAUCUUUACAAACAUCCUAAGGAAACCAAAGAGAACAAGGAACGUGCUGGAAAAUUAAUAAACGAGUGGGCACGACCGAUUUUCAAUCUUUCCGCCGAUUUCAAGGCUAUGACCAAGGAGGAAAGAAUGCAGAGAGAUCUUGAACAAACACCACAAAAGAGAAGAAAGGUCGACGAGGGCAGUUCUUCUCAGAAAUCACAAGACAUUAAUAAAGCACUGAAAGGAGACGCCAAAUUAUUGAGACCAGGUGACCCUGGUUGGGUUGGUCGUGCCAGAGUCCCUAUUCCAUCUAAUAAGGAUUACGUGAUACGACCAGAUUGGAAAUCUGAUAUUGAUAUUAGCAGAAGCACUAAGAAGCAGAUGAAUCGAUUUGAGCGGCACAUGAAAAAUUAUAUCGAUAACAAGAGGAUAAAGUCUACUAGACGAGCAGUUGAUAUAUCCAUUGAAGGCAGAAAAAUGUCCUUAUAAUGAAUAUAUUCAAGUAAUGUUGCGUUACACGCUAUAAUCAUUUUAGCAAUGAGAAACAAUGUAAAAUAUACGUGAAUGUUUAUUGUGGGGCGAUUGUUCAAUUCUUCUAGAAAGAAAAUAAUUCCAUUUUUACUUAUAAGUUAUAAAAUAUAUCGAAGGUGCAGUUCUUUCGAGAAACCUGAAAGCACCAAGUGUUCGUAUAUCAUCACAAUAUGCCAUUUACAAAUUAUUGCCAUUGGAUAAAUCUUUAAUUUCGAAUUUUUAUCAACAAUUUGUUCUGACCCAAAUCAAAUACUUUGUGUUUUCGUGCUCGUACCGAUCGUUGCAUUUUAAUUUGAAGAUGAAAUCCAUACCCUGGAAGUACAUUUUCCACAAAAUUAUAUGUUCUUUUAGUUAAAAUGUUUCAACUUGGUUUAAUUGUGAUACUCGCGAAAAGAUGUAGCGUAUAGUUGAGGAUUUAACAUGACGAAUUGAAUAAUUGUUACGAUCAAGCAAAAUAAAAUGCUUUCGUAAGACUUCAAAUAAAUGACCAUUCUUGCAAAUUUUAUAGCUGCCAAUUAUUGCAAAUAUAAAAUAAUUCAGCUGAACAAUAUUGCUUCUACUCAUUACUUUUAAACACCAUCGUUCAGAACAUGUGACAAUAUGGCGUCCAUUCCCUACUUAAAAAAAAAAUAAAUAUACAAGUACAGUCGCAAAUUUCUAUAUUCAAAUUGCAAAAUAGAUUUGAUUUGAAAUUUGUAGGUGUUCAAUUCCGCAUAUUGAAGUAACUAUUACUGUUGACGCGACAUGUUCGAUGCGAUCAUCCUAAAAGGUUUGCAUCUCUCUACGUAUAUUUAUAGUCGUUAUACCUCGGGCAGUAAAGUAAUUGCUGAAAAAGGUGAGAGUCGAGGGAGACCGCCAUAUUGAAGUGAUACCGGAGCCAUUGUUGAUCGUUACUAUCAUAGGAGUCUUCGGUGGUGCUUACGUUUGGAAACCUCUCAUCGAAGAAUAUUGGAGUAAAAAUAAAGGCUUGGUUCAAGAGAAUUCAAAAUGAGGCGUCUUUGGAGGUAUCAUAGCAAUUUGUAUGUAGCUGGCACUGGAUUUGGUGUGUCAAUGUUCUCAAUGAUGUUCAUUUUUGGAUACAAAAUGUGCUUUGAAGCUCCGAUGCGCCUGAGAUUGACUAAAAGUGCAAUAAAUAAUGGAGAAGUUACUGGAUAUUAUGAAGCUCUACGUGAAGAACCACGACCAAAAAAUAGCUUAGCACUUCAUAUGAUUUAAAAUAUGAAAAAUGAAUGGGAUACAUUUCUUGAUUGUAGUAAAUUACUGAUGUACGAUAGGAUUAUGUAUUUGAAUGUACACAAGUUUGUUUGCUGUGUCAUCUUAAAAUGUGACACGGAUGAAUAAAUUUAUUACAACUAUUAUAACUAA